AUGACCGAAUGGUACACAGGUCCCAAAUCAACAUGGACCUUGUCGUUUGAGAGUGGGUUGAAAGACUUUAGCUCGUCGUUUCUGAAAGCCUUUUCCAACGGAGUGUUGACCUUAAACGAGAGCAAGUUCGGGUCCUCUGCCUGCUGUUCGUUCCAAGCAUGGUUCAGAACCUCGAAAUGCUCAAACAAUUGCUCUCCGAUAAGGGUGAGAUUUUUCUCAAAACUGACGUUGAACCAUCUCACCAGUUGGUUGAACGUUUCGUCGAUGAUCAGUUCCUUGAUUGCAGGGAGAGAUUUGUGUAUUUUCUGUGUGAAUUCAAACAUUUCGAUAUCCUCGGAUCGGCUCUUCAUUAAAAGGUCCAGGUUUAUGAGGGCUUUGUAG